AUGCGUUUCAUCACAGGUGGCGGUGGCGGCGGGUCGGCGGCGCGGUCGUACGAGCCCAUGGCCACGGUCGACACCACGGACCUGCGCUACUGGCUGCACUGGCGGGUGGGGCUGUGCGGCCUCUGGGUGCUCGCCUGCAUGGCCGUCGCGGGCUACCUCAUCUGGCGCCACGAGGGCGCCGGCGCCUACCGGCGCCCCGGCGGCGCGUCGUCGUCGGCGUCGGCCUCCUCGGGCCCCGCGGCUGGCGGCGAGCCCGGCUGCAAGGGGAGGCGCCCCGGGGUGCUGUACGACGACGAGGCGUGGCGGCCCUGCCUCCGCGACAUCCACCCGGCGUGGCUGCUCGCCUACAGGCUCAUCUCCUUCUUCGUCCUCCUCAGCCUCCUCGUCGUCAUUGUCAUCUCCGAUGGCGGCAGCAUCUUCUACUACUACACUCACAAGUUCACUCAUGAGAACGUCGCCGCGGUGGCAGCAGACAUGGAGCUUGGCACGAGCUACAUCCCUCAUGGCUUGGCUGCUAAACCGACCUUCGAUGAGCGCGAUGGAGCUAGAGAGAUUGCUGGGUUCUGGGGUUACCUGCUCCAGAUCAUCUAUCAGACAAAUGCAGGUGCCGUGAUGCUUACAGACUGUGUGUUUUGGUUCAUCAUUUUCCCGUUCCUCACCAUGAAGGACUACAAUCUCAACUUCUUGUUGAUAGGAAUGCAUUCAGUGAAUGCUGUUUUCUUGCUUGGUGAGGCAGCCCUGAAUAGCUUGAGGUUCCCUUGGUUCCGGAUCGCGUACUUCUUCCUCUGGACCGCGCUUUACGUCAUUUUCCAAUGGAUUGUUCAUGCAGCAACUCCAAUCUGGUGGCCUUACCCAUUCCUUGACUUGACAUCAAAUCUGGCACCUUUGUGGUACCUCGCGGUGGCGGUGCUGCAACUGCCGUGCUACGUGGUGUUCAGGCUGCUGAUCAAGCUGAAGCACCACCUGCUGGCCAAGUGGUUCCCGGUCUCGUAUGUAAGAGGCUAG